AUGCUCUCUGCUCUACCCCCUUCGCAUCCUGCCCGGACAGACCUUGUCGGUGCAGACGAGGCUGGCGGCGUCACCUUUCAGCAUGCCACCGCCGACUUCCAGCGGCGGCUGCAGGUCCCGCUCGGUGAUGGACGGGCCAUUGACGCCGCCUUCCCAGGCAUCCUGGUACCAGACCCUUCUCGCACUCCGACAUCGAAGCUGCCCUCGAACGACGUAGAGGCCUACCUCGAUGGCAUCUCGGCACUCGCAAGGACUUCAGCGACGACCGCCGGAGCGCGAACUACUUCGUCCUCGGCCCUGGGCGAGCUGCUCGCGUCGCACGGCGGCGCCCUGCACUUCCGCUCGACACCGCUGCGCACCGCGGCCGACUUCUCGCGCUUCCUGUACACGAUUGCCGGACAGCAGGGCUGGCGGCCGCACGUCGACAAGGGCCUGAUGGUGCUUCGGAAGCCGCACGCCGACAACGUCGCGACGGCCAACGAGGGCCCUCCGUACCAGCCCAUUGGGAGCCACAACGAGUACGGCCUGUCGACGCACUUCCCUCGCUACAUUGCCUUUUUCUGCCUCUCGCCGCCGCAGCAGGGCGGGCAGACGCCCAUCGCGUCGAGCCUCAAGCUCUACCACGACCUCGAGCGCGAGGUGCCCGAGUACAUUGCUGCGCUGCGCGACGAGGGCGUGGCAUUUACCAUCCACCACCCGCGGGACACGAUCGAAGGGUGCAUCCAGGGCAACGCGCUCUUCUCUUCGUCGGCGUUUGGACCGAGUGAGGGCGUCGAGGGCGUCGUGGGCCUCGACGAGGACGCCAAGCGCAAGGUGGUCGAGUCCAACGUCGAUGCCCUGGCUGCCGAGGGCGGAUGGACGCCGACGCUGCACCGCGACGAGCCCACUGCGCCGCACUGGAAGAAGCGGGGCUUUUCGGCGACGUGGAACGAGGACGGAUCGGUGCUCGUCACGCAGCGGGUGCCCGGGGUGCGCGACCAUCCGAGCCUGGGUGCCAAAACCUACUUCAACAACAUCCACAACCGCUUCGCCUACAGCCGGGCCGCCGGUGCGCUCCAGCCGCCGCACAUUGCCAAGAACCAGACGACGGCGGCGGGCAGGCCCUUUUACCAGUUCCCGCCGCACAUUGUCGGCGAGCGCGAGGACCGACCGGUCGAGGAGCGGUGGACGCGCGUGGCCGACGAGGUGACGGCGCGCAACCAGGUGGAUGUCGAGUGGAGCGUGGGCGACGUGCUGCUCCUCGACAACCUGGCGGUGCAGCAUGCGAGGAGGACGUGGAAGGGCGAUAGGAGACUGCUCGCCAGCCUGUGGGACGGGGCCGACGAGUAG